AUGCCCAAGAACAGUGGAGAUUGGCCAACUACCAAUGAUAUGAUUAAGAAGAAUCAACGUUUAUUAGUUUUCACUUCAAAGUCUGCUAAGGAAGCUUCUGAAGGUAUUGCCUAUCAGUGGAGAUACAUGGUAGAAAACCAACAUGGAGAUGGUGAGAUGAUCGAUGGUUCCAGCCCAAACCGUGCAGAAUCACAUCCUAUGAACACCACAACAAGGUCACUAGUCCUGGUGAAUCAUUUCCUCAGUAGGCCUGAUAUUGCGCAAGCUUGCAAGCAUAAUUCUGCUCCAUUGAUGAGCUUGCUCAACAUGUGCUACGGAGCAGCGGGGAAACAAUGGUCUAACUUCGUCGUCGUUGACUUCUACAAGCUAUUGUCUCGAGAAUUUGUCAUUCCUUAUUCCAAACUUCUUAAAGAUCACAAAAAGUCUGUUUGGCAAAGCGGUGCCCACAGCUAUAUCGUUGUGGGCCACCAUUGUGCCAAACAGGUGUGA